GUAAUAUAUAACUACUGUCAGAAUGGUAAUAAAUAUAAACUCAUAAUGCAUUUGUAAUCAUCCGUGAAUUAAUUGGUUAGAUACAAGAUACCAUUUAAAAAUCUAAUCUUGGUCGUCAUUUUUUUUUAACUCAAACAUAAAUAUAUGAUUUUGCGAUCAUGAAAUUUCUCUUUCUUGAUGGUAACAUUACUGCUUCCCCAUUGCUGUUUACAUGUCUCAGUUGAUUAAGUGUUCAAGAGCUUGUCUGGAAUAUUAUGAUUUCCACAAUGACGGACAAACGCACGAUUUGGAGAGGUGAAGGUUGAUGAAAAGUGUUGAGGUCAUCAUCAUGAUCUCAUUGGAAGUAUUCUUUGUGCUAUAUAAAGAAUGUUUAUUGAUAAUGCUCAUUAAUGUUUGUUGUUUCGUUAUCACUGCCCUGAUUCUUGCCUUAAGGACAUGACAUUACUUGGAUUUUAUCAAGCUUUACAUAAAUGGUGUUGUGUCUGCAGCAAAAGGCUGUUCCCCUUCCGGAACACAUGGUGGUAUUCUGUUUGUACGUUUUCAUUUAACACUGUGCGGGUUGAUAACCUAUGAAGUCUUUUUUUUGUGCAUGCUUGAAAUUCAUUGAUAAAUUAUUUAUCUACUUCAUAUUCAUAGAUCAAUCUUUUUUUUAUUAAGUAAUAUUUCCUGUUUAUAUCUUUUUUUUUAUAUAAUAUUUUAGCAAUUAUUUAUACUCAAAUCAUAUUUUCUGGAAACGAUGCAAAAUUAUUCCCCUUGUCUGAAAUAUGAUAACAGACCAGAAAAAUCCGUCAAGAACGUCGGAUAUAUAAUACUAGACAAUCUUAUAUAUGAUAAUACUAGAGCGUCUAAAUAAUACAAGGACAUCUUAUAUAUAAUAAUGCUAUAACUUCUAACAUAUUAUAAUACUGCAACGUAUUUUAUAAUGUUAAUACUAAAAUGUCUUGCUUAUUAAAUUCAAAUGCAUAAAAGAAACAUGUAAAGAGAAGAUGUCAUGAGUUUCCCUUCAUAUAAGAUCUAUGAGACGAUUUUUUUUUUUUUUUUUUUCAUAAUUUUUGCAAGCCUCUGUAUUCUUAAUCUUAUAUGAAGGGAUAUCAAUCAGAUUUGAUUUACCAGGUGACAUAUAACCAUUGUUUAACUUCAUCAUAGUUUGUUUGCCAUCUGCCAUCGUAAGCUGAUCGUCAGCAUUUUGCAAAACCCGAAGUAGGCCCCAUUUACCGACGAAAGGAGAAAUAGUUUUAUACAUAACCUAAAUUAUUGAAGUUGACGUUUUAAUUGUAUAAAGCCAUAUCGUCCUGUAUCUAACACACACAUAGAAUGAUUUACAACUGUAAAAUUGUUAUUUGCGAUUAAAAUAAAAGUUCAAUAAAUUGAGCGCACUUCGUAUGUGACGUCUCUUGGCGAGGAAAUGGAGACACGUAGUUCACCCACUGUCGGUGUCAUACACCUAACGUCAUACACCAACAAUGGACGGGACGUUUACUUAAUAACGUCAUACACCAACAAUGGACGGGACAUUUACUUUGUAACGUCAUACAACAACAAUGGACGGGACAUAUACUUAGUAACGUCAUACACCAUCAAUGGACGGGACGUUUACUUAGUAACGUCAUACACCAACAAUGGGCGGGACAUUUACUUAGUGACGUCAUACACCAACAAUGGACGGGACAUUAACUUAAUAACGUUAUACACCAACAAUGGACGGGACAUUAACUUAGUGACGUCAUACACCAACAAUGGACGGGACAUUUACUUAAUAACGUCAUACACCAACAAUGGACGGGACAUUUACUUAGUAACGUCAUACACCAACAAUGGACGGGACGUUUACUUAAUAACGUCAUACACCAACAAUGGACGGGACAUUUACUUAGUAACGUCAUACACCAACAAUGGACGAGACAUAUACUUAGUGACGUCAUACACCAACAAUAGACGGGACAUGUACUUAGUGACGUCAUACACCAACAAUCGACGGGACAUUUACUUAGUGACGUCAUACACCAACAAUGGACGGGACAUAUACUUAGUAACGUCAUACACCAACAAUGGACGGGACGUUUACUUAGUAACGUCAUACACCAACAAUGGACGGGAUAUUUACUUAGUGACGUCAUACACCAACAAUGGACGGGACGUUUACUUAAUAACGUUAUACACCAACAAUGGACGGGACAUUAACUUACUGACGUCAUACACCAACAAUGGACGGGACAUUUACUUAGUAACGUCAUACACCAACAAUGGACGGGACAUAUACUUAGUAACGUCAUACACCAACAAUGGACGGGACGUUUACUUAAUAACGUCAUACACCAACAAUGGACGGGACAUUUACUUAGUGACAAGAAGUAGGUAGCACCCUUGCGUAUAAAUACCAUUCACACAGAACCAGCCAAUCACCGUAGAAAACAGCUAAAGUACGUAAUGUCUGUUAUCAUGAUGAACUACAAUUUGAAAUAAGCUACUGACAGAUUAAGACAUCUUCAGGUUUUUUUUAUCAAAUAUAUUUAUCCUAUUUUGCUUGAAUCUUCUAU